AUGCCCCCGAAAGCAACUCGGCGUCUGCUUCACGCCCUCUCCGGCGUCACCGAUGCCGAAGAUGAAGUCCACAUCGUCCCUUCAGCGAAGUCCUUGGCACAGCAGUCGGAAGAGUACUUGGUGUGUACUGACUUUCUUCCGGAAUUGGAUCCCGACCAGCUGCGCUACUUCCAACUGGUCGAAGCGGCGGACAUCACCAAUCUGGAGGCGUUCCUCAGUUCUCACCCGCACCUAAACAAAGACUGCGUCAAUUGUCAGGGCUACACGGCGCUUCACGUUGCGGUCCGCCGAAAGGACUUGCCGAUGGUGAAAUUCUUAGUCCAAAAUGGAGUCCAGCUCAAUGACGUGCUGCUACACGCCGUCGAAACGGGUGACGUUCCAUUAACGGAGUUCCUCGUCAAGGAAGCAAGCAAGACCGACCAGCAAUGCGAAAAACAUGGCUACCCGCAUAGUUCUACGUACACCGCCGACGUGUCACCCAUUGUACUGGCGGCACAAAUGGGCCACUGGGCGCUGAUCCACUCUUUCGUCAAACGAGAUCUCCGGGUCGAAGCUCCACACGCGGCCUCCUGCCUCUGCAAAACUUGCAUCAAGGAUAUGAGGACAGAAGGAGUGAAUGCAUCGACGCGCAACCUAAACACUUACAAGGCCAUCUGCAAUCCCCACUACAUGCUCCAGGUAUCGGGCGACCCCAUACUCGAUUCUUUCCUCUUCGCUCAGGGCAUGGCCGGGGCGUCUCUCGCCGAAGAAGAAUUCAGAAGGGAAUACGACCAGGAGAUCUCGAAGCUUCGAAAGUUCACCUGCGCCCUGCUCGACCAAUGCCGCACGAUCGAGGAGGCGCGCGUUCUCCUCGAACGACCGGCCGGACUCGAUGGCCGGGUGACACACCUGGCGUUUCCGCGCGUCAUCCUGGCCCUGCAGUUCAACGAGCGCGAGUUCGUGACGCACGGCCAUGUUCAGCAAGUGCUUCGCAUCGAGUGGGAAGGAGAGUUCAAGGCGUGGAACCGAUUGCAGUUUCGAGUCAAGCUUGUUCACUUCGCGAUCAGGUUCUUCAUAUUGCCCUUCGUAGCAAUUUGGGUCAAGCUAAUGCCGCAGUCGGUCAUGGCUAGGCACUGGUCGAGCCCCGUGAACAAGUACAUGAACCACUUCGCUGCGAGGCUCAUGUUCGUAUUCUUUGUAUAUAUGCAGAUAUGUCUCGACAAGGCGAGGACGUCCCGGGGCGCUCCUCGCACUGGCGUCGAAUGGCUUAUUGUCAUCUGGGUAAUGGGAUUCAUCGUCGAAGAGACCGUACACUGUUAUACCAUCGGCGCAAAGCGAUACUUCAGCAGCAUGUGGCACUGGUACGACAUAACCAUGAUCAGCCUAUUCUUGCUCACUUUCAUCUUUUGGGUCGUCGCUUGGGCGGAGUUGCUGGGAGACCCGAGUGGAGGUACCGUGCCGCCUCGCAAGGACUGGCCCAGUAUGGACAGCACUCUGAUACACGAGGCACUGUUCGCACUGUCUUCCGUCAUGAGCGUGUUCAAGCUCAUGUUCUACUUUCAGGAGAGCGCCAAACUAGGACCGCUGCAGGUGUCCAUUUCAUCCAUGAUGGUCGAGAUCGUGCGCUUCUUUUUCAUCUGUCUCUGCAUCAUGCUUGCGUUCGCGUUCGGGCUGACGCGCAUGUACGAGCCUUACAGAGGGAUGAAGAGAGUCGAACCCGACGGCGAGGAAGUGAAACAGAGCCCGGCCUUUACAUCGUUCGGCAACUCCAUGAAGACGCUAUUCCUUCGGAUGCUGGGCGUCGCGUCCGAUGACCAGGCGGACGUGGUGGUGGCUAACGCCGAGGACGGGUCCAUCAACGAACACAGGUUCACCGAAGUAAUCGGCUCCACCAUGUACUCUGUCUACCAGGUGCUAAUGCUCAUCGCGAUGCUGAACUCGCUCAUCGCCAUCGUCACGGGGACCUUCCAGAAGGUAAUCGACAACGCUGAGGUCCACUGGAAGUUUUACAGGACGCGGCUUUGGAUGCACUACAUCAACGAGGCACUCGUUGCUCCCAGUCCCUUCCUGUUCUUCCAGAUGCCGCUCAUGAUAGUGGACUUGGUGAAAAAAAGAAGGUACUGGCCUCUGAGGAACCAACCACCGGAUUCCUACCCGGACGUUAUCCACAAACUGGUACAACGAUACCUCUGCCACGAGCGUGUCAUACUGUAUGACUGA